ACUGUUUUCGCAAGGGAAAGAGAAAUUAAAAAACAAAAAAAUCCGCCAAAAUUUGGCGCCAAAAAAAUCAAUGCAACAACGCGGCCGACGAAGACAAGAGGACCAAGCAGCGUCGACGCCACCGCUCGAUGAUGGCGAUGGCAGUGACGACGCGAAUGACUUUGUCAAGCCACCCCCGCGGCCAACCGUGAAACGGCGAGCAGGCAGUGCCGCCCCGCCGACAUCGAAACGCGCCCGUCGCCACGAGGAGGACGAGCAGGAGGAUGGGGGCUCGGCAGACCACACCGUGCUUGCAUACCAGCCAGCAGCAGAACAAACCAGCUCCCAGCGGGGAGACGCGACUGGGACAGCGGAAGCCUCAGCAGCGCAGCCAGCGCAAGUCGUCAUUGGAUUGUUCAGAGUCAAGUCCGAGCCGGUGGCUGAGCGCGAGGACGAGCUGCCGGCGUCGCCCAGAGCUCAUGUAGGCACUGCCGAGACAUCUGUCCCUUCUCCAGCGCAGGCGCAGGACGACGGCGAAAUGCAGGCGCGGGCGGUGGAAAGCGCUACCGUCGACCAAGCAACGAGCUCGUGGAUGCAACUCUGCGCUCAAGACGCCAGCGCCCAAGGCCUUGGUCUCGCUGGGGAUGAGCUCGAUGCUACUCGAAGCCAAAUCAAGCCCAUGCCGAGCUCCAGUGCCACAGCCGGCGGCAACGGUGAUGCACAACCGGAGCAGGAAUCUGCCACCACAAUUGCGACCACGACCACCGAUGCAAGCACUCAUCUCGAGAUUGCCGAGGCCAUUCGUGCAGAACAGGCCGGACAGCCUCCUGCCAGCGAGGCCGAGUCGUACUCGUUCGCGACCGACCACCUCCUGCUGCGAAACAAUCAAGAUUACUUGCUGCUCAUCCGCACAAUGGUGGCGCUCGAGGCCCAGCGCAUUCGCGUGCUCCAAGACAUUGAUCAUUUGAAUGAGUUGCGUCAAAAAGCGGCCGUCGAGCCUCUUGGUUUGCUUCGUGCCCUGAAGCUCCGUUCCGAUUCGUUCGAGCGCGUCGAUUCACCUUUAGCCGGGCCAGUGACAGCCGAACAGCUGGCUUCAGACGCAGCCAUCAAUGCGGAGGCUCAAGACGGAUGGCACUUUCCUGAUCGCCAACAGGUGGUCGCGCUGCCCGACAUCGACUGGUUGCGCUACGGGUUGCACGACGCUCCAUAUCAGACAUCAAAGGGCCUGCUCACGAGCAAGCAGAGCUCAACGGCGCGCGGUAAUGCUAUGCAAAAGGCAAAAGCGCCCACCCUUGCAAAAGCGGCCGUCAUGGCGCAGGUGGCUUCGAACAGACGCGAGCCCAAGUCGCAGGCAUCCACGCCGCAGGCGGACGCUGACCUCCAGCGAGAUGCUGACACUACACCGGCGCUGACGCCCGAGUCGUCGAUUCAUCAGACAGAGUCCGACCGCGACGGCGCACAAAGAAGUGAAUUGGACGGAGCUGCGGCUCCAGUUACUACCACGUUAUCAACUGCGGCUGACAUCCCUCCCAUCGCUCCUUCUCCUGCAGCAGCGAGUGCUGCCGUCAUCACAGCGCCAGUCAUUGCGGCGUCAAAGCUCAUCUUUGACCCGCCGCCUGCUGUGACAAACGCAAUCCUGGAGGCUGCAGCAGCUGCUGCUCGAGCUGCUGCAAAGCGCGGACUUGAGGAGACGGCCGAGAUUGCUCGCAGGAUGGCCGAGCAACGGGACGAGCAGUCUACGACCGACGCCGCCGAGCCGGAUGGCGGCCAGAUUUCAGAGGGCGACUGGGAGGACGAUGGCGUGCUGGUGAUGACCCGUUCGCGCAAGAGCCGGGAUCCGCAGGAACGGGCUCGCAUGCUCGCGGAGCAAGAGGCCGAAGCUGCUGCUGAAGCAGAGCGCCGACGUCAAGACGAACUGGCACGGGAGCGCGCUGCCGAAGAGGAAGCGAACAACGCCGCGCUCAAUCCGACAUUCAAUCUGCCCUGGUCGAUGGAGGAGCAGGCGCUCUUGGAUAGCUUGCUCGUUCAGUAUCCGCUGCGACCAGACGCGAGCUCGGGCGAACGCUAUUCCGUGAUCGAGUCCAUCAUGCAGACUCGAAGCCGGCAGCAGAUUGCUUCGCGCUGCCAAAAGUACACGCUCAAGCUGGCUAGGCUCGGGCGAAAACUCCCCGGCACGGUGCCCCUGCCUUCGCCCGUCGCCGAAGGUCUGAGCGAGCGGGAAAUCCUCGAGCGCGCCAUUCAAGACGCCAUCGAAGGCGGGCGGAUUGUGUAUGGUCAAGUUCCUGUGCCCUCUCGCCCGCGAUCCAAAGAAUCAAAGCGCGCGGCGUCGACCAAGUCCAGCGUGGCUGCAGCUGCAUCGCUUCCUGCUGCCCAAGAGGAAGCACCAGAGCCUGUUCGUCCUCCGACCAAGGUGCGCAAAUCGCGCAAGCAGACAACCAUGUUUGCCGCGCCGCGAGUCAUGAUGAAUGAGCAAGAGGAUGCCCCUGGUCCCAACACUGCCCCUCCGGGCUCUGAUGACGAAGACGGCUUGGAUGAGGACGUCAAGAAGUCUGCCGAGUAUCAGGAACUGCUUCGACUCAAACGCCUCAAGAAGGAGAUUGCAGCACGCAAGACGGCAGCUGUUGUACACACUGGAUUUGUGUGUGAUGGCUGCGAGAUGUCACCAAUCCUUGGGACGCGUUGGAACUGUGCGGAUUGCUCGACCGAAGAGAAUCAAGUGGAUUUGUGCGACGCGUGUCACAACGCCGGCUGGAGUAAUGCCGUGCACGAUGCAACCCACGUCCUGUUGCGCGUUGCAGUUCCCGAAACAGACUUUGUCAAGGAUGCCGAUUAUGCACAGCUCAUGGCCCACGGUUAUAGCUAUCUCGAUGCUGCCCAUGAUGCCAACUACGACAAUUAAAUUAUUGGAUCAGACAAUGUUUGAAACACGGCUGAGAUGGUCCUGGCUUUGCUUCAUCGUUUCUGAUUCAUGUUUAUUUUUAACAACCUUAAUGAGUAAAUUAUUACCCCCCCCCCA